UCUGUUUGCGUUGAAUGUAAGAUGACAUGAAAAUAUUUUAGGUAUACACCAGUGACUUAAAUCGGUGUUUAUGUACGAAUAUGGCGCGUUAAUGAAAGCUAUUUUAUUAGUGUAUUUCAUGAAAAGAGAUGUUUAAAAAAUACAAAAUACAUAUAUUUGGAACGCUGUUGAUCGUUUUAGAUGGAUCAUGGGGCUAUACUCGUAUGGAAGACUAUUGCAGCAACGAAAUCAGCUUCAUCGCGUACACCGUAUAUCAAACACAGCUUCAACUUACUGACAACAACCUAUUUGAGAAACGAAAUCCCAACCACCCAUACGAUAGGCUUGGUUACUGUGAAACAACCGUAAAAGGGUGGUACACAUCCUUCAAUAAAUUAAUGUUCUAUUUUGAGGACAUUAACCUUGACUGUGAUAAAGGUCAUCUUGAAUUUUACGCUGGUGAAAGGUCAUAUGCGAGGAUUGAAGGCUUGGAAGUCGACGUUUGCGGAAAGUCAAAACCAGAAGGUGCAUUUACUGCUGACAGUCAAUAUAUCCGAAUAAAGUAUGUUCCCGUGAAAUACCAGAUUAUCUCUAAUGUGGUCUCUAUUGUUAUUACAAGUUUCGGUUAUAAUGGUAGGUAUAAAUUUUUUGUGCUAUAGUGAUAAAAGAAAUGAUUUACAAUGAGG